GCCACUGGUAGGCACACUAUGCAGUAGCACAACUCUCCUGAGUCCUGAGUGUUCUCUAUAUCAGUUUGUUUGAAGCAUUCCGGUGUGAGCUGGUGGUGAGCAUGGAGUCAAUGAUGGGCGCAGUCCAAGAUCAAACCCAAGCAGCGUCGCAACAGCAACAACCACCCAAGGUAGCGGAGCGAUUAAACCCAGCAGUACAGCAACAACUUAACUUAGAAUCCGUCAAAACUCGAGCUAUCAGUCUCUUCAAAGCCAUCUCUCGCAUUCUCGAAGAUUUCGACGUUAUUUCUCGCUCCAAUGCCGUCCCCAAAUGGCAAGAUGUUGUCGGUCAAUUUUCGAUGGUGAAUCUGGAGUUGUUCAAUAUUGUGGAAGACAUUAAGAAGGUCUCAAAGGCUUUUGUGGUUCAUCCUAGGAAUGUUAAUGCUGAGAAUGCUACAAUACUCCCUGUCAUGCUGUCAUCAAAGCUCUUGCCUGAGAUAGAAAUGGAUGACAAUUCCAAGAGAGAGCAACUGCUUCUUGGCAUGCAACAUUUGCCUGUACCUACACAAAUUGAUAAGCUUAAGGCUAGAAUUGACAUGAUUGCUGCAGCCUGUGAAAGUGCUGAAAAAGUUAUAGCUGAUACCCGCAAAGCCUAUGGUCUGGAUACCCGCCAAAGGCUGAGCACUGUCCCAACAUUAGACAAGGCCUUUUCUGCCAAAAUUCAGGAGAAGGAAAAUCUACUUCGGGCUGCUGUCAAUCAUGGUGAAGGAUUAAGGUUGCCUGUAGACCAAAGGCAUGCUACUUCUCCACUCCCUUCACAUCUUGUUGAUGUGCUCACCAUUGGUGAUGGGACACAGAAUUAUGGUGAUGGAUCUGGUAUGUACUCGAAGAAUACACCUCUGAUGUUGUCCAGCAAUCACAGUAAUCAGGGUACUCCGUUGCAGGCUUCUGGGGCACAGCAACUUGGGAGAUCAAUGCCUUCACCCUCUACUGCUACCGCAGCAUCUUCCUUUGAUAAUACAGCAUCACCAAUGCCAUAUGCAAAUUCUCCUAGGUCUGGUACAAACAUGAUGAACGCACCUUCUCCCCAGCAGCAAACACUCCAACAGCAACAUCAGCUGCAACAGCAGAGAAAAAUGAUGCAGCUUCCUUCUCAGCAGCAACAACUUCUCGCUCAGCAGCAAUAUAGGCAGUCCACCAUGCAGGGUUUGGCUCAGAACCAACUGCCACAACUACAUGAUAUGCAAACUCAGGCUCAGCAGAAGUUCCCAACGCUGCAAGGACAAAAUCAGAUGCAAUUUUCUCAAUCAUUAGCAAGUCAACAAUAUCAAGGCAGGCAGCUGCCUGCUGGACAUAUGCAGCAUGCAAUUGGACAAAGCCAAUUAAACCAAGGAAACCAGCUGAAUCGCCUUAGCCAAUUUUCCGGAGCUGCUAAUACAGCAUUAUUUAAUGCUGCUCAGAAUUCACCUAAUGCUCCUGUGAUGUCUAAUAUGUCCGCGACGAUGACAUCACAACCUUUGCUCCCAAGAAUGCAGUUUGCAUUAGCUGGUGGAAACUCUCAAAGGACUCACCCUUCCCAGAUGCUUAGUGAUCAGAUGUAUGGUAUGGGAUCAAAUCCUGGCAAUAUGAUGAAUUUACCUCAGCAACAGCAACUUUCUCAAGGUUCUUUUGGGAGCAUGUCACAAAAUUCUCAGAAUCUCCAGUCUGCUAAUAUGGUACCUCUUCAAAAUGCACCUCAAAACCUCCAGAAUUUUCAGCAACAAAGACAGCAGAAUCAGCAGUGAUUCUGUCAAAUUCUUGUUCGUGAUAAAAUCUAAUGAUGUCACAGGUUGCUAUUGGAGCUGUUGUAAAUAUGGUUGUCAAUGCUAGUUUAUAGAAGAAAGUAUUGCCAUUUCGGAUUUGCACCAUUGCAUAUCUUGGGCUGCGAGUAUUAGUGUCUUCUGCUUUAUAUGGAUAUUCCCGUUCUUUUUCAGCAGUACUGUGUGAAUUCGGAUCCCCUGAUCUUAUCCCUCAGCUCUGGAUCUUAUUUACUGUAAGAUCUUAUGGUGUGUCAUAAUUUUUUAUGCAUGAUGUGUUAGGCUUUCAAAUGGGCAUCAUCUUAAUAUUUUAACUCUGGCACAGAUACCUUUCUUACAUUUAGCUCACACAACAGUCAGGCAGUAAAGUGGGUUAUUGAUGCAUAUGUGUACGAAGAACUGCUGAUAUUUGCAAUUGCAGUAUUGCACUAAUUAUUCGGCUUUGAAGGCAUUAAUGGCGGAAGGAGUCAAUUGUUGAUGAGUUGCUAUACAUGUCAUUUGCAUAAUUGCAUUUGAUGGGAAGCUAUACCGAAAAGAGUGAAUGCUUGCUGAUGACCUGCUAUACAUAGAACAGAAAGUUCUGAAUAAGAUACUUCACCGUGAAUAUGAAGGUGAUAAGCGUGUCAUUCGGCACUCCCUAUUGAUGUGCUGUGUGAGACGAUCUCCUAAUGACAUACUAUGAGACAAGGUAGGGCAAUUUUAAUGUCCUGGUGUAAAUUUUUUUCCUUCGGGAAUUCAGGUGUUGUAUUUCAUGGUGUGAUAUGAAUAUUUGAUUGCUUUGAAAUUACAUACAUAAUUCAUAAUGUUCCAUGUUAA